AUGUUAGCUUCUUUACAAAAUACGAUCCAAGCCGCAAGAGGCCUCAACGUCACUGUUCUCAAACCCCCUGUGCAGGAACCUGAGCUACAAGGAAAAUGGAUUAUCAUAUCUGGCUCCAACAACGGAGUUGGACUCGAAGCAGCCAAAUCAUUCGCGAAAUGGGGCGCAAACCUGAUCUUAGCGUGUCGCGAUCCACCAGAUUGGGAAUUACAUCCCACGGCGGCCUUGGAAGAAUGCAAGCACCUUGCCGAGGCACAGGGACACAUCUCAACGAUAGAAUGGUGGGAGUUGGACAUGGCAGACCUCACCAGCGUGGAGGCCUUCUGUCAGCGAUGGCUGGAAAGCGACCGCCCCCUGGACAUCCUCUGCAACAACGCCGGUCUCCCAUCGACUGCUAAAUCAGACAUGACAAAAGAUGGUUUCCAGAAGGUUCAUCAGGUCAACUUUUUAUCCCAUGUCUUGAUCACCCUCCGAAUCAUCCCAUCUCUGGCGCGCAGUGUCGAGCCCCGAAUUGUUUGCACCACGUCAUGCGUUCAUCACCUCGGCGUUCUCGACUUGGAUCAUUUCAAUGGUGGUCCGGAUAUGAAAGGAAACGAUUACCAGAAUAACAAAUUAUAUAUUCAGAUGUGGGCUGUCGAGCUGCAGUCCCGCUGCCUAAGGCACCCUGACUACAGCCAUAUCAUAAUUAACGGAGUCCAUCCUGGCUUUGUCGCCUCUGGCAUCUGGGAGACCAGCAAGAACGGGAAUUUGAUAGAUCGAGUUUUUGCGUUCUUCCCGCGUUUCUUUGGAAUCACUCCGCAACAGGGUAGCUUGGCUAUUACGCAUGCAGCCACGAGCCCGCUGGUCGGGCGUGGUGGGAUGUAUUUCAAUCGCAUCUGGGAAGCGCCGGCACAGUCUUAUUGCCAUGACUCAGAUGUUCGGUUGAAGUUGUGGAUCAAAGUGGAUGAAGAACUUCAACUCCAAGGAAAGGGUCUUCUAGCGCUUUUGGGUUUGUGA